UGGUACACCGUACCAUCCUCAAGUCCUGAAGCCCCUGACUGGGCAGGAUGGGCCGGGGAGCAAAGCCGAAGAGUCUACGGCGCAAGUGAAAAGCGGCGCUCGGAGCCACCCACUGGCGGUGGACACGCAGGUCCCGACCGGCGUAGACUGCAGAGUAGGCCCUGCCGUAGAAAGCGUCUCCCGGCCAUCGACGUCGCGUCGUUUUCCUCCAGGAUCGCCAGUGCCGGGCCUGCGCCCCUACCAACGGCACCCGGGGCCCAGUGCAUUCACAGGCCUCCCCUCCAAUGAUUCAAAAGUCACGCCCGGCGCUGCUGCAGCACCAGGAUGUCGGAGACCGGGUGGAAACGCUUAUGUUGCAGCCAGUGGUCAAAGCUUUCUUGUGCGGCUCCAUCAGUGGGACCUGCUCUACCGUCCUCUUCCAACCCCUGGAUCUCCUCAAAACCCGCCUGCAGACCCUCCAACCCUCGGCCCAUGGAUCCAGACGUGUUGGCAUGUUGGCUCUGCUCCUGACUGUGGUUCGCACGGAGAGUCUGCUGGGCCUCUGGAAAGGGAUGUCUCCCUCCAUCGUGAGGUGUGUCCCUGGCGUUGGCAUCUACUUUGGCACCCUCUACUCUCUGAAGCAGUACUUCCUGCGAGGCCAUCCCCCCACCGCCCUGGAGUCAGUCAUACUGGGGGCGGGCUCCCGCUCGGUUGCAGGGGUCUGCAUGUCUCCCAUCACUGUGAUCAAGACACGGUACGAGAGUGGGCGGUAUGGCUACCAGAGCAUCUACGCCGCCUUGAGGAGCAUCUGUCACAGCGAAGGGUUCCGGGGCCUCUUCAGUGGCCUGACAGCAACACUCCUUCGCGAUGCCCCCUUUUCCGGAAUCUACCUGAUGUUUUACAGCCAGACCAAAAACGUUGUGCUUCACGGUACGGACCAGUUGGAUGCAGUCCUUGUUCCCGUUGUGAAUUUCAGCUGUGGGAUAUUUGCUGGGAUUCUGGCCUCGCUGGUAACUCAACCUGCAGAUGUGAUCAAAACUCACAUGCAGCUCUCCCCAGUGAAAUUUCGGUGGAUUGGCCAGUCAGUCACGCUCAUUUUCAAAGACUAUGGGCUGCGUGGCUUCUUCCAAGGCAGCGUCCCCCGGGCCCUCCGCAGAACCCUGAUGGCAGCCAUGGCGUGGACAGUCUACGAAGAGAUGAUGGCCAAGAUGGGCCUGAAGUCCUGACCCAGCAGGGACCGGGCAAAGACGGGACCUGUUGCCCUGCUUGGUUUCUGCCAAGGGCUGCUUCAUCUCACCACGCUGGAGUCGGAUGAAGUCCUAGCAGGAGAGCCUGGCAGACACAUCGCCUUCAGUUACUCAGUUCAAGAAGAGAAUAGGUGGGCCCAACUCAAAUAGGUGGACCCGACUUAAGCCUUCUGAACCUCCCAAAAGAGGAGUCCCUGAUAGAGCACGGUGGGGAGUCAGGAAAAGGGUCUGCCUACCCUACAAGGCCAUGUGAAAGGGCAUUUCCAGAGAGUGCUGUCGGUGGUCCUGCUCAGCCACACACUACACCAUGCCGCCUCCUUGGAUCUGCUCCUGGGCAAGAAAUCACAACCCUAGAGAUGCUGUGAGCUGUCCCUCGUGUCUGAGGAGUUCCAGCAGCGAGACUGGAUCUGCCAAGCGAGGAGUCACACUCAUCAGGCUGAAGUCUCCCUCUGAGGUGAUGUUAGAAUGAAGAAGAAAAGAUGUCAUGACUUAACUGAUUCCUUGUUAAUUUCUAAGAGGCUCCAGGGAAGCAGGGAAGGGAAGUAGCUUCCUAGCCUCUAAGUGUCUAAGUAAUACUUUUUGGUCUCGGCCCGUGCACGGUUUCAACUCCCAAGUUGAUCUGGCAUUUUUCUGCAGCUAAAGUUGGGAUAAAUAAAGUGAAGCACUUUAUCAUUGGAAAACCUCAAGUGCCAUGAGUCCGUCCUACAGUGACAAAAUGAGGUGGCUAACACUUGAUCUGUAUAGGUCCUCAAGCUUAAAAUUGUUUAAAAUAGCUUUAUUUUAUAUGUUAUAUGAUCUGCCCUUUCCAAAUACACAAUUCUAUGGUUUUUUAAAGUAACUUUACUGUCUGGUGCUGCCAUCAGCAUAAAUCAGUUUUAGAACACAUUCACACCUCCAGUAAGAACUCUUAUUUACGAUGAACCCUCAUUCCAAGCCCAGCAGCCACUGAUCUGCUUUCUGUCCAUAAAUCUGCCUUUUCUAUG